AUGUCCAACUUAGGCCUCGCCGAUCCGUUGAAUAGCGUGCCGGCUAGCCCGGAGCUGAACAAGGCAUUCAAUAAGUUUCUUCAGACUAAUAGCAUUACUCUGAUCUGGAGGGAAUCGCAUUCGCCUUACCAAGAUAUUUACGCCGGCAUCGAAUCGGACCUCCUCAGUGAGCAAACCGCCCUCCUCUCGCCAGGGGGAAAAGCACCCGACGCGGCUAAGCGCCAGCAGAUGCGCGAAAACCUCGACCAGAGAGCACCCCUCCUGUAUUCGUGGUCUGAAGCCUUGACACUCAGCAACGGGAACACAAUAAGUAUCGCCGGGAAUCUCUCUAGCACGUCUUGGUUCCUCUCCUACGCGCCGGGCACACCCAUCUUCGUCUACUCGCGGAACUACGCCCGCGAACCCGGCCACGAGGACAAUUUUCACUACGGGGGCUACGUCCCCUACCCGCCCGACUACGCCCUCCGCCGCCUCAAGACCCUCACGGUCGACAUCCUCGGCCAGAUCGUCACCCUGCUCGCCUUCGACGCGUGCAACCCUGCGCCGAUGUCAGACCACUACGCCGGCCUCCUCAACCUCGCGACCGAGUCCAACGCGGACCUGGUCCCCUUCGCCAGGGACGUCUGGAGCAACUGGAAGUGCCGGUUCGAGGGCAAGCCCUCGGUGUACUACGUCCACGCGCUGCAGAAGAACGCCAAGGCCAGGGAGUGGGCGUUCACCCUGAUGCGGACGCCGGCGGCGGGGAACGAGGAGGAGGGCUUUAGGGCGGCCCUGAGCCUUGUCGCGCGGAUCCUCACGAACACCAGAAACGACGAGCGGGUGAACGCCAGGUUGAAGGAACUCGCGCUGGCGUACGUGGCUGAGGAGGGCAAGAGGGCCAAGGAGUGGCUCUUUGAGGAGGGGAGUUCGGAUGAGGAUGUUCUGGUGUACAAGAAAGGGAUUAUUGACAAGUCGAUACACGAACACUACGCCGCCUACCCGGGAUUGUGGUAUUAUUCGACGCCCUUCUUCCUGCCCCCCGGAUCGGAUCUCCCCCGGUUUUAUCUGCGCCUGGUGGACAACACGCCCGAGCAGCCCGAACAGGACGAGCAAGUCCCGAACGAAGCAGCCGACGACGACGACGACGACGACGGCGGUAACGACAACGACGCUUCUCUAGACGUGAUCGUUGUCAACACCAGGUCGCCCAAGAAGCCACCCGCGAUACCGACACCGAAUCCAUCGUCAUCGCCCCCGCGGUUGCGACAUCCACGAACAUUGGCCCUCCGCCGCUCCUACCGGAACCGCUGCUAA